AACAGAAAUAUAAUGAGACUAGAAUUCUUCAAGCACCUAGCCGAUCAUUCUGAGAAGUCCAAGGCGAUGCCCUUCAAAAGACUCUCAAAAAAGCUUAGAAUCGCCGAUUUGCUAAUAUUUUGUUUCAGCCUUUUAAUAUGGCCAACUUACGCUGACAACGGAGAAAAGGAAAAAGCAGUGUCUCAAAGAAACAAGGAAGCAGCUGAAAUUUAUCCUUAUACUGAGUACACCAAGUACGAAUCGGAAGUGGAAUAUAUAAAAGAGCCAUUGUACCCCACUACCACAGUGGAUUUCGUGCACAAAGUGACUCAUUUCCUAUUCGAUACUCUCAUACCAGGUGCUUCUGUACUACCGCAUGGCUAUAUUGUCAAGGAAAUUGGCUCAGAUGGGCUUCGCCUUGGACCUAAGAUUGAGAAGAAUGACUGGAAGAAUCUUUUGGCGCAUUACUGGGUGUUCACCAUUUGUGUAAUUGCUCUGCUCUUCCUCAUAAUUAUUAUGCCCUUCAUAGCCGUUUGUUAUUAUUGCUUCAACCACUAUCGAUGUUCCAAAGGAUGUCCACCCUGUGAUUUGCCCAAGGACAAUCGUGCACGCUGCGGCUAUGGUUUUAUUCUCUCAGUGCUCCUUAUUGGCAUUCUCUUUACUGCCAUCAUUGGUUUUCAAAGCAAUAUAAUGUUGGAUCAUGGUCUUAAAGACUCUGCCAAUAUCAUGAGACGGGGCACCGAAAAUACCUGCAAGUACCUAAAAGAUGUUUCGGACCACAUUUACCACUUGCUUGUAUUUAACUAUGAAGAACUGCUUGCUCAUUUAACUGAUGUCAUUCAAAGAAUUAAUUUUAUCAUGUACGAUGCAACCUACAAUAAUGUUAAGCGUGAUCCAAAAAAAAAUUUAUCAGCCAUAUUUAUUAAUUUGAAAGAGGCAGAUAGGCUAAUGAGGGAAGUGAAAUUUUGGCAAAAGGAUCUACUUUUUUAUGGCGGACAACUUCGAGAUGGCCUACGCACCGUAAAGCGUGACAUAAUUUACGCGUGUACUGUACUCUGCGGAAACGAAGAAUGUCUUCGGUUCUUAAGAACAUCGGAUGUCCACAAUCUGGAUAGUUCCAAAUGUCUACAUUUUGACAAGCUACCCGAUGCCUCUUUUUACUCCAAAGUCCUAGAAAACGAAAAUAAAAGAGGUUAUUUCUCUUCAGGCAUGAUGUACUAUUGUGGCCAUUAUGUGGCCGCAGUUAGAUGGAAUUAUGGUGUAAGCAUGCUCAAGGACCCAUUAAUCAAAGAUGUUGAGAAUGGAAAAGAGCAUUAUCGAAUACAAGCAGACAACUUGCGUAACAUCAUCGAUGAGGUGGUCAAUGACAUUCAUGAGAACAGUCAGAAAUCGAGCACAUCGUUUGCCGAUCUAUAUGAAAAGUAUAAUACCCAUCGUAAUAUUAUCAAUGCCAUUGUGUGUGGCCUUUUGUUGAUCAUUUUAUUGCUCUUAGGCAUUGCUCUCAUUUGUGGAUGCUGUGGACGACUUAGGCGUGGCGAUCGGGAUGGGUUCUGCAGCAAGGUCUCAGGAGCCAAAUGCAUGUUUCUCGGCAUUUUCCUUAUAUUCUGCGUAUUCUCGUUUGUAAUCCUGGUUGGCCUAUUUUAUUUGAUCUUAGGCCUUAUCAUGUACAUGGGUGUCUGUGCACCGCUUAGGGAUCAGCAAGGGAAUGCGAUGUUCCGCCAGCUGAAUGCCGUAAUUGAUCUUACUAAAUUCCAGAUUAAAAACAAUCCUGAACCGGAAUCAGAAGAGCCUACGUUACCCAUGUCAAAAGUAAUAACGGAGUGCAGGGCCAACCAGACAAUUAUUGAGCUACUCCAAGAGAAUGGAUUGUAUAAUAUUGAUAACCUAUUGCAGAUUAAGGUCAUGGGCGAACAUAAAGAACCCAAAACGCCGUUUUUUGAUUAUAAAGUUGAAGAUUGGCAUUGCUUAAAUCCGAACGGUCGGUUCCUGAAAGAAUUAGAACCGAUUUGGAAAAGUCAAUUGAACCCUUAUACGGGAACAGAUUUUACGGACAAUUUGUGCACCGAUGUGACACCAGUUGCAUUGCCAAAUUUAAUCACUCAAUUAAAGGAAUUGCGCUCCAGUCUGUGGACUCAGUGGGGCAUUUAUGACUGGGCCAGAGUUUCUCUUUAUGACGAGAUUCUUAAUCUACAGAAAUACCAAGAUGAGAUCUCUAUCAAAGUAAUAGAUUUGAUCAAUAAGAUUACAGAAAAUAUAUUGAAGAUUGAUGAGUAUAUUUUAUUCGAAAGAAAACCAUUUGGCGAAAGUCUUAAAAUAAUAUUCGAUGAUACUUAUAAGACGGAGGUGGAGAUGCGAAAAAAAGCUCGAGCGCUCAAUACAGAAUGGCGAAAGAAAAUUCCUGAACAUUUGGAAGAUCAAUUUGCGGAUUAUUCAAGAAUGGUUAUUAGAGAAAGUAAGACUAAUGUCGGCAACUGUGAACCGAUUGCUAUUACUUAUUCCACUAGUUCAGACACGCUUUGCAAUCGCAUAGUUGAUCCCUUGAAUAGUUUAUGGUUUGGUGUGCUUUUGGGCGGGCUUCUUUUACUUCCCGCCCUUUUUGUCGCCCAUCGGUUGAUGUGCCUGUACAACAAGAUUUAUCCAGACCAGACGCAGGCUGCUGAGGAUGGGUAUGGCUGUCCAAUAUGCACAGGCGGCGGGCUUAAGCCCCCAUUGAAUCAUGGCGGACAUCUCCCCGACUUCUGUUUGUGUAAUGAAGUUAAUGAAUACCGUUAUGAAGGCGGUGCUGUGACACUCGACCAACAUACAACUGCGGAGGUAACCGAGCCCGAAGAGAUCAAAAGUAGCAACAACAAGCAAAAGGAAGAAUAACGAGCACAUUCAAAUGGACGUAUUUGGUAGAUUUUGAAUAUUUGAUUUGAUUGCAACUGAAUGGAUCAGCUUUAGUUUUGUACGUAAUAAUUUUGUGUAUAGAGCUUAAAUAUUGAAAACUUGUGUGCAAGGAACGUUACACAACUUUAAA